CGCCAUUGACGAGCAAACCCAAGCUCUGGGAAAGAGAGAGGGAGAGAGAGAGAGAGAGAUGAAGGGCAUGGUGAAGGCACGCUACGAACCGGAGAAUAGCUCCGCCGCUGCCGUCAUCACCAUCCCCGCCGGUGACCUCCAGCUCAAGACCUCCGUCACCGACGCCACACUCUUCAAUGCCCCUGCGCUCUAUCAUGGCCUCGUCCUUUCACUCGAGAAGCCCUCCUGCUUCGCAUUACACUACGACGUCCCCAAAAAGGAUGUUCGAUUCCAGUUCAUGAACACAGUGAGUGUUUUUGAGAAGCCAAUCAACCUCACCUACACCCACGCUCGCGGGGAUAAUCUCACGACGCUUGAUGGAUCGCUGGUGGUCGAUCCAGCAAAUAAGGUAUCGGUGAACUAUGAGUUUGGGUCUGGGAAUUGUAGGGUGAAGUACGCAUACGCUCAUGGGGAGCUUCGCCGGACGGUGUUUGAGCCGUGCUAUGAUAUUUCAAAGAAUGCUUGGGAUUUUGCUGUUUCCAAUCAGUGUAAAGGCGGGGAUUCCAUCAAAGCCACUUACCACACCACCACGAAAUUGCUGGGGCUUGAGUGGAAUCGUGACUCCAGCAUCAAUGGGUCCUUCAAGAUAUCUGCAUCUAUGAAUUUGGCGGAGCAAAAGAUAGAUCCAAAAAUAGUUGCUGAGAGCACAUGGAAUUUCGGGUUGGGACUUUAAGUUGUUCAAUUCUUUUUACAGUGAGAUUUAGAUUGUUGCUUCUCUGGUUUGUCAUUUUGUACUUUUUCAAUGUUAACUGUUAAUGUUCUUUUAAUAAUUUUAACAACAAUUGUUUGCACUUCAAAAUUUGAGGACUGGGCCCUUGAUGACCAUUUUUA